AUGGCUGCGAUGGCCACCACAGCAGUGGUUGGCCGCCUCGAGGCAGCAGAAGGGUACACGGUGAUCUCUCAAGAGGAGUACGCUCAGCUUAUGGCUGGCACAGCUCCGGCUGCGACGACUGGAACGGUGACAACAUCGGUUCCGAUCACAGCCUAUCCCUACACCAGCACAAACGCCUACACGACGGUCACAACAAGCUACCCGAAUUACCCCAUCACGAGCAGUCCGGCUGUCCAAUACGCAGCCUCUCCUCUUCCAGCGUCCUACACGGCAGCCCCAUGCACUGCAGUGUCGACGACUGCGGGCCAGCCGAUCACGUACCAGGUGGCAGGAUCCCCGUGCCCGAGCACAUCCUACAAGCCCGCCGCAUACCAAGCAUCUACGCAGCCUUCUGCGAUACCGGCCAUCACAGUGACAGCACCGCAACCCCAAGCGCAACCCACGCAGCUGCCGGGCGUCACGGUAUCUUCCCCACAGCCAGCAGCGUACCCAACCGUUUCCUACCAGCCAGCACCUUCCACUUCAGCAGUGGCCGGCACCCAGCCACUCUUGCAGCAGACAGGCCAGCUUCCUGGCAUAGCAUUGCCUGCUGCGCCUGCUGCACAACCACAAGCGUCCGGGCCACCAGUGCAGCCGCCGAGACUCACUGAGGGGAUUCCGGAUCCACAGGCUGUGGAGCAGCAGAAACACGCCUAUGAGAAGAGCCUGGAUGCACAGCUCGACCAGGGCAUCAAGAUGAUUGAGCAGCAGAACGAGGUUAAGAAGCAAGCCCUCCGGCAGGAAGCAGAAAUGAAGAAGGAGCAGUACUUCUUGCAGGUGGAUCAGCAGCUGAAAGCACAGGAGAUGAGUGUCGACCAGCAGGCCAACUAUCAGCUCAUGGGACUUCAACAGGCAGCCUUUGAAAGGAAGGCUGUCCUGGACCAGCAGGCAGCGCAAGCAACGCUGGAGUACGAGCAGAAACGGGUCGCCGAUGAUUUUGCUCGGACCCAGUAUGAACAUAAGAAGAGGGCAGCUGAGAAGCAGGCUGAGAUGCAGCGCGAGCUGGCGAGGCAAAAGGAGGCUUUUGCCCAGCAGCAGCGAGCCAUGCAAGAGCAGUAUGCCCAACAG